AUGGGUGAACGAGCCCACCAUGGAGCCCCAAGGUGCUCCAGCACCAAUCCCAGGAAGUGCCAGGACCUAGGAGACUCAAUUCUUCUGAUCCUGGGCAGCUUCAUCUUGCUCAACGUGGGGAUCAAUGUGGUGACUCUGCUCUGGAGGCAUCUGAAGAGUUCCUUGAGGAUUCUUUUCCAUCAUUUUUUCCCCAAAGACAAGCAACCCAGCUGUAUAGGCAGCCAUCCCACGUGCAUGCGCUGCUCCAUGGAUCCCAAGAACCUAUGCUCAGAAGUCUCUUCCCACUGCCAUCAUCACCCAAGCUUCCUGCUCAGACACCCUAACCACCUUGACUCCUGGAUACCAGAUAUGAAUGAUGAGAAGGCUUCUAGGUGCUGCUGGACAUCGCCUCAGUAUGGACACACCAGGGCUCCCAUGGAGACUCCCUGGGGACUGGGGAAGGAGGGAAUGAUAGGAGCUGGGGAGGCUCCUCAGGUCACAGCCUCAAAGGCCCAAGCCACCUUUAUCUCAAGGCAAGAGACAUCUCCCCAGCUCCCCAAGAUGAAUAAGCUGGAUAUGGUUCCAGUCCACUUGGCCCAAGAGAAUACCAACAAGACCCCAGACUAUGACCCAGCUCAAGCCCCAGCCCAGGCCCGGACCCACUCCCCAGCCCACCCCCCUGAGCACACCGCCCGGACCCACUCCCCAGCCUGCCCUCCUGAGCACACCUGCACCCAGGCCCAGGUCCACUCCAUAGCCCGCCCCCCUGAGCACACCCCCACCCAGGCCCAGACCCACUCCCCAGCCCGCCCCCCUGAGCACACCCCCACCCAGGCCCGGACCCACUCCCCAGCCCGCCCCCCUGAGCACACCCCCACCCAGGCCCGGACCCACUCCCCAGCCCGCCCUCCUGAGCACACCUCCACCCAGGCCCAGGUCCACUCCAUAGCCCACCCCCCUGAACACACCCCCACCCAGGUCCACAUCCCUGAGCACAUCUCUGCCCACACCCUAGCCCAGGCCCCAGGCCAGGCCCCAGCCCAGGCCCCCAUGCAUGCUUUAGUCUGCUCCCUGAGCCACACUCUUGAGCACAUAAAAGCUCAUACCCCAGCCAGUGACGUGGUCCAUACUCAUCUAACCUAUACCUGUGCCCACCCCUUGGUCCCUCCCCGAACCUCUGCCCCAGAUCCUCCUCUAAGUUCUGCCCCUGCUACUACUCCUGCCCCAGCCCCUACACCAGCCCCUGUCCCAAUAUCUGACUCAAUCCCUGCCCCAGUAUUGGUUACGGCCCCAACUACCACUCCAGUUCCUUCUAUGCCUACCGCAACCCCUACCCACAGCCUAACUCCUAUUCCCUCUACCCUAAAUGCCUUCAGCCAAGGCCUGUCCACUGACCGUGUGGUCUGUGAUACCCUCAGGGUAAAGCAGAACUUAUCCCAUGUGUGCUGCACCCAAAAUGCUGGGUGUUCCAAAAAGAACUUGGGUACCCUCUCCAGGUCCCAAGAUGGUCAGGGCCUGGUAAGCUCUGGUCCAGCAGAGCAAACAUCAAAGCAACUCAGUGGGGACACUGCCAAGUCCUCCACAGGAUCCACACUGGGUUACUUGGAGUUGGGGAAUAUGGAAUGGAAGAUCUCAAAUGAUGCCAAAGACAAGUUCUUACAGCCCAAGACUGUCCCCUACUGCAGCUUCCAUCCUUGCAGUUGUGAGAGGAGAAACACAGACUCCCAGCCUCCAGUCUACCCCAAACUCCUUGUCUACUCCAAAGAUGCUUCACCUUCUCAACUUUGCCUUCAUUCUACAACCAGUACCCAGAACUCACCGUGCAUUGCCCCUGUGCCAUGUACUCUCUCUCUGCCUCUUGUUUCUCCCAGAUCCUUUGUUCAUCAACCUACCAAUCACCAGGUGAAGCUCUCCAAUUCAAUACAAACCUCCACCUUUCCCCCAAUCUCUAAGUCUCCUCAGUCCAUACCCUGUCCCCAGUUUCCCACCCCUCCCCAGUUCUCCACCAUUUCCCAACCCACAGUCCAAUCUCAAUCUCCUGAACUUCAUGACAGUCCUGGCCUCACCCAAGAUUCUGGCCUCCAGAGGACCUCCGGCUUUCUAAAAGACUCUGGAGUUGCCAAGAACCCAGGCCUUAAUCAAGAUCCAGGCCUACACAGGUUCCCAGGCCUUUCCCAGCACCCGCACCUCUGCAAGAAACUGGGUCAUUCCCAAGACUCUGGCCUUCACAAGAAUCCAAUUACUCAAGAUCCUGGCCCCCAAAAGAGCCCAGGUCCUCCUCAAGAUGUAGGUAUCUCUACGAGCCCAUGUCUCACCCAACCCUCUGGCCUCCAUAGGAACACACCACUUCCCAAAGCUUCUGACAUUCAGAGGAGUUCAGGCUUUGUGCAAGAUUCUGGAGUUUACAAGAAUCCAAAACAAAACCAAGAGACUGCACGCUAUAAAAGUCAAGAUCUCUCCCAAACAACUGGCCUCCAUAAGGGCCCAGGACCUUGUCAAGAUUCUGAAGGUUGCAAGAGUACAGGUAAUACUCAAGAUCCAGGAGUCUCUAGGAGUCUAGGCUUCACCCAAGAUUCUGGCCCAAAUAAGAGCCCAUGCCUUGCUGAAGACUCUGAAGUCAACAAAAGCUCAGGACUUUCCCAGGAAUCUGGUCUCCACAAAAGCCUACCCCUUGUCCAAACCUCUGGGCUCCCUAAAGACUCAGUCCUCAACCAAAAUUCAGAAAACUAUAGGACUCUAGACCUGACUCAAUAUUCUGACCUCUGGGUGAAUUCAGGCCUUACCCAGGUCAAUGAAGUAAAAAAGAGAUGUGGCCUUACACAAGAUGUUGGAAUUUACAGGAGCCCAAAACAUACCCAAGACCCUAAUUUCCACAAAUAUCCAGGAAUUAAUCAAGAUCCUGGCCAACAUAAGGGCCCAGCUAUUACCCAAGACUCUGGCCUCCCUACGACUCAAGGCCUUACCAAGGAAUCAAGCCUCCACAAGGAUUCAUGCCUUACUCCAAAUCCUGACCUCCACAAGAACCCAGGCCUUGCUUUAUGUACUAACUCUAUCCAAGUUGUGGGCCCAUCUCAGACCCCAAAGUCCACACUGUCCCCGAUGAAGUCAUCUGUAUCUGACAAGGCUCCUUGGAAGAAUGCAGAGCAGCAUCUUCCAUGUUCUGACCCACUCAGUCAGAACUCCUGCCCUUCCAAGGCUCGGGUUACCUACAAUGACCUGCAAACCUUCACAGAGGUACCUGUACUAAUUGAGCUGCAGCCAUCCUCCCAGCAAGCAGGCAGCCAGGACUGGGUUUACUGCCCUGUGGAUACAGUUCCUCCAGCCUGCCAGAACUAUCGUCAGAUGUCUAUACCUUCCAAAGUCAACUGGAAGACCCACUGUCCUAGGCCAUAUACUCAGGUAGGGCAUGUGGUCUUUGAUGCCCGCCAGAGACAGUUUGGAGUGGGCAGAGACAGGUGUGAAGCUCUAUCUUCCAGGCGCCUUCAACAAGAGGCAUCUAGCAACUCAGUAGAGACCACCAAGUGGGGAUAUCAGUGUGUAAUGAGGCCCUCAGAAAAAGUGGGGACAAAGGUGCACCAGAAAUAA